GUCGCGUUUUUUAUUUUAAAUUUCUCAUCUUUUGUUAGGAGAUCCUGACUCACUCUUCAUCUUCGUUAGCUAUUUAAAAGUGUUUAUUUGCCAAAACUCACAAGGAUAAAGAAUUGAUGUUACAAUAAGCUGUAUCCAGUUACAAGUGCGGAAAUGAAUCAGAAUGAUCUCGUGAUGAGCCCAUCCUUUACAUUUCAAUGAUGUGUACAUUACAAUACGAAGAAAGGCAAAAUUGAAGAAAUAUUUCAAUAUAAAACUGUGACUCUACGUUGUGGAACAAAAUAAUAAGUGUGGGAAUGGAGAAAUAGUCGUUUUGGUCAUAUUUGCUGUAUCCAGUUACAAGUGCGGAAGUGAAUCAGAAUGAUCUCGUGAUGAGCCCAUCCUUUACAUUUGAAUGAUGUGUACAUUACAAGACGAUUAAAGACAAAAUUGAAGAAAUAUUUCAAUAUAAAACUGUGACUCUACGUUGUGGAACGAAAAAAUAAGUGUGGGAAUAAAGAAAUAGUCGUUUUGGUCAUAUUUGCUGUAUCCAAUUACAAGGAAGUGAAUCAGAAUGAUCUCGUGAUGAGCCCAUCCUUUACAUUUGAAUACACACGUCUACACUACAAUACAACGAAAGACAAAAAUGAAGAAAUAUUUCAUUAUAAAACUGUGAAUUUACGUUGUGCAACGAAGAAAUAAGUGUUGAAACGUAGAAAUAGUCGUUUUGGGUCAUAUUUGUUUGAAAUUCAAACAAAGGCUUCUCGAUUAAAACCAAACAUUGUUCAUUAAAGUAAUUCAGAGUAUUUACAGCAUUAUAUUCUAAAUAAACUUCUUGUUUGAAAAUGGCUUCACCACCUCAAAAACUGAAGAUUGAAGCAAACGGAUCUCGUUUAAGUAAACUCUUGAUAAAUAAAGGAACACAAGCUUUGAAAACAACAUUGCAGUUUAUUUUAAAUUUGCGUUCGUCAAACCUAAGCGAUGAACUUAAUAAAGCCUCAAAUAAAAGUAAAUUGGAAUCAUUAAGAAAAAGAAGCGUCAUCAACAAAGAGCAAUGGAACCUUCUUUAUCCACCAACUGGUUUGCCAGAUCUUGAAAACUUUGAUAUUUCAUUAAUGACUGUCUUAUUGCGUAACAUAUGUUGUCUAACAGCGCCACAUGGUGGAUGGGAUAAUCUUCCUUUCUCUUCAGAUACUUCAAUCUCAGCAAAUAUUGCAAGAAUAAAGUUUUAUCGAAACAAAGUGUACAGUCACAUAACCACGACUAGUGUAGAUGACAGUGAGUUUGAGCAUUUGUGGCAGGAAAUUUCAAAAGCAUUGGUUGGUCUGGGUAUUCAACAAACUGAAAUAGAUGAAUUAAAGAAAGCUCCCCUCACUACCGAUGAGGCAAAUUAUACUAAAAUGUUAAAAGAAUGGUAUAAAAAAGAGGAGCAGCUUAUUGAUGUCACUGAAAAAGUCAAAGAAAAUGUGAAAGUAAUAGAAAGAAAUGUUGUAGAGAUGAAACAAGAGAUGGCAAAAAAAGUUACGAACAUAAAUGAGGAUGUAAAGAAAACAAAAGCUGAUGUAGCAGAAGUAAAAAAAAUAUUACAGGACAAAACAUAUUCAGAUGUCGAAAAGCUUGGAAAGUGUAAAUUCAACGGUCUUAUAAAAGAUCUUAGCAUGAAAUACCUUGAAGGCACUAGACAAUGGUUAUUUGAAAAACUCGACACUUGGUUUAAAGAUAGAAGUGAAGAUGCUACUAAUGUCAUGAUUUUAAUUGCCGGUCCUGGUGUUGGUAAAAGUGUGUUUGCUGCUGAGGUGUGUCGACGUUAUUCUGAGAAGAAGAAACUUGCAGCUUGUCAUUUCUGCAGAUAUAAUCGAUCAGAUUAUAGAAAUCCUCGAAAAUUGAUAGAAUCAUUGGCUAGUAGCAUGUGUGAUACAAUAUCAAAUUUUAAAAGUAAACUGAAUGAAGAAUUACAGAGAAACAAUUCCAAAGAAUCGAUCACCGAUGAAUUCCUUGUUUUAUUAAAUAAUCCAUUGCAUUCAUUGGAAGGUCAUGAGCCAAUGCUUUUGGUUAUUGAUGCCUUAGAUGAAAGCCAAGUUGAUGGCAAAAGUGAAUUGUUGGAAUUGAUUGUAGAAGAGUUUGACCGACUGCCUAAAUGGAUUAAAAUCUUCAUCACCAGUCGUCCAGAACUUCCUGUUCAAAAGGAGUUGAAAGACAGGAAUCCUGUGGAAAUUACAACUCAUCCUCGUGAUGUAAACAACGAAGAAGACCUGCACAAGUAUUUGAGACAUCAGUUGAAUGAUCGGGUGCAGAAAAAUCGCUACCUUCUUCCGUCAUUAGUUAAAAAAUGUGAGGGAUCAUUUCUUUACGCUUAUCACGCACAACUGAGCUUAAAGAAAGAAGAAAUUGAGCUUACAGACGAGAAAAUUGAGCAAUUGGUCCCUAGUGGGUUAAGCGGUGUUUACACAAAGCAAUUCAAAAGAGUAAAAGAAUUGUUAACGAAGAAAAGUACCAAAAAAUCUGUUAUCUCAGAAACUACUUUCGUGCAAUUUCUUGAAUUGUUGGCUGCCUCUCGGGAGUUUUUACCAUUAACUUUCCUGUUCAGCUUUUUAGGUUUUUCUGAUGACAUCAAGUUUGAAAUCCGCAGUAAAAUCAUUGAACCGUUAUCUCAAAUUUUGCCAAUUUACGAUGAUUAUUUGACCGUGUAUCACAAAUCUCUAAUUGAUUGGUUGAAAUCAGAUGGUUACGAACAGCAUGAGUUUACAGUUGAUCCAAAAAAUGGUCAUAAGUUCUUAUGGCGUGUUUGUGAGAAAGUGUUUGAACAAAUUAAGCGUAGGAACAUUUCAGAAGAUCAGAUGAACAUUGCUAUGAUUAGAUAUGCUUUGAAGAAUGGUAUCUAUCAUAUGUCAAAAUGUGACGAAAAUGUUGACUAUAGUUGGGCAGAUGUUGUCAAAGUGGUUGGUGCGAGGUUAAGGAGUGUGGAAGACAAUGACAUGCAUACCAUUAGCUCUGAAUUACCAUUAGAAGAGUGGAAAUACAUUGAUGAAUCAACGAAACAUAGAGAAUUGUUUUUAAAAUUGAUUGAAUAUGGGCGCAAUCCCAGUGUUGAGGUUAAAGUUGUGGGCAAUGUACGUGUAAUAUUCUCAGAAGAGUUUUGCAUUGGCGAAGGAAGUAAUGCAACCCGUGUUUAUCUUGGACUGGGUAAGGAUGGUUACGGUAAAGCAGUCAAACGAAUACAUCGAGAUAGCUUUAUCCAGCUUGCACAGCAAGAAAAGAAAAUUUUGAAUGAUAUUAAAGCAAAAAAGUCGAAAUAUGUUGUGAAUUAUUUCUACUUAGAAGAAGAUACUGGAACGGAUUAUGUUUAUUUGAUCUUAGACUUAUGUGAAGAAUCACUGGUGAAGUUUGUGGAAGAUUCUACUUUGCAUGAUCUUCAAAAAGCUCUUCCUGAUAUUCUUAGACAAAUUUUAAAAGGAUUAGCUGAUCUUCAUAGCGACCCAAAUCCUAUUCUACAUCGGAAUUUGAAGCCUUCCAAUGUUCUGCGAGACUCAAAAAGUCAAUUUCUGAUAGCUGACUUUGGCAUAAGUCGAAUAAUGAAGAAUGACACGACAACAUAUAAAAGCAAUUCUUCCAUGGGAACCCAGCAUUGGAUAGCUCCUGAAUCAUAUUGCGAAGAUGAUGAUUCAGUAAACAAAGCGCGUGACAAAAGAAGGUCUGAUGUAUAUAAUGCAGGGAUGUUAGCUUAUUAUGUAACAACAAAAGGAAAACAUCCUUUUGGAAUUCAACGGUAUAGACUACACAACAUGCUGAAUGGAAACCCUGUUGGUUUGAAAGAAAUCAAGGAUGAAACAUUAAAGGACCUUCUGUUGUGGAUGUUAAAUCUAAAACCUGAAGACAGACCAUAUUCUAACGAAGCAUUAAAACACCCAUUUCUCAUUUCAGAUGAUGAGAAGUUUGAAAUGUUAUGUGAAGUUGGGAAUCUUCAUCAGAUUAAGACAAAUGAUCUCCAGUCAAGUGUCGUUCAACAAUUGAAUAGCGAAUGCGUACUUUGGAAAAGUCAAAUUAAUUGGGAUGUCUAUGAUUAUUUUCGCACGUACGAGAAAAAUGGAAAAAUUUAUAAGGUCCGUUAUACAUCUUCAUGGGCAGAAUGCUUAAGGCUCAUUCGAAAUACUCGCCAGCAUUGGGACGAUCGACCUCUACCACAACCAGAACCAUUUUAUAAGAUUGGCGAUUACAGGGCGUAUUUUCUCCGAACAUUUCCUAAUCUCCCUGUUCGGGUACAUGCUGCGGUCAGGUCAAAUGAAGAAUUGAAAAACAAACCAGAACUCAAGAACUUUUUCAGAACACCAACAGUUCCUCAAAGAACACCCCCAGAUCCUUUAAGAAUACCAACAGUUCCUCCAAGAACACCCGCAGAUCCUUCAAGAACACCAACAGUUUCUCCAAGAACAACCGCAGAUCCUUCAAGAACACCAACAGUUUCUCCAAGAACACAACCGGUUUCUCCAAUGCCACCCCAGCGUGAAAAAGAUAGUAAACUUGAAGAGACAUUAAAAGGACUUACUUUAAAGAGAGAUCAGUAUAAAUUGGCUGCUCGCGAUUGUAACAGAACUGGUGACAAAGAAAAUGCAAAAAAAUAUAUGAUUAUAUCGAAGGACUUCGAUAUUGACAUUCAAGCUGUAAAGGAUGGAAAAGAUGUUGAUCUUACACAAUGCCCUCCAACUCCCCCUGGAUUUCCAGGAUUUAAUUUGAAAAGCCAAUUUCUUGAUGAACAUUACAACAUCAAAAAAGACGUUCAUGAAAAAUUCAAAAGCAUAUCGUGGAUAUGUGGCAACUAUGGAACAGUAAGAAAAAACAAAGUUAUACCAUAUCCUCAUUUGUAUAUCACAGUUGAUGGUGUUGAAGAAAGGUCCGAUGAAGAUUUAAAGAAAGAAAUUGACACGAUAUUUGAAUGGCAAGCAUCAAAAUUCAUUGAAAUCAGGCGUAAACCUUACAAAAAACCAAAGAUUCGUUAUUUAUCAAACUUCCGCGCUGUUCAAAAUGAUGAUGCACCAAAUCCAAUGCAAAGACUUAAUGAUGUUGUUUUGGAAAACCAAUCAACCAGGGGCUCUCAUGGUACAAUGACAAUGUUCUGUAGCAAAAACAAUAAGUAUUACGCCUUGACAUGCGCACAUGUUGCUUGUGGCGCAAAUGACAUGGUGGACAGUGCAUUGACUUUUAACCAGAAAAAAGACUUUUUGGCCUUUCGCGAUGCCGUUAAACACCUUAAUGAAGGUACAGAUUAUUUUUACAAACUACCAAACAGUGGUAAUGAAUUUCUACUUCCCUCUUUUCCUAAUGGCGUGUUUGGUCAUUUUGACGAAGAAGUUGAUAUUGUGAGAAUUUUCAUCGGUGAUGAACUUUGUUUUCAGGAGCUUGGAGCAGAUGACAUGGAAUGCUUUGACUUGACUUUAGGUGAGGCAAGUGAAGAACUUUGCGACAGAAUCGAAGAGAGGGGUGAAUCUGUGAGAGUUCGUACAGAUUAUCAUAACAUUGGAUUUAUAAGUGAGCGAAGUUUUACUCACUUGACAAGGCCUUCAAAUGAAAUCGAGAGAGAAAUCAUUUUUCAAAAUGCAGUGAAGGUCAGAAGUAAUUGCCAAUUUCUAAAAAAAGGUGACUCUGGUGCACUUGUUUAUUUUUUGGAUAGACAAAGAAAAUGGCAACCAUUUGCAUAUGGUGUAUGUGAAAUAGAUGAUGAUGAUGAUGAUGUCGAUGAUGGUGAGAGUAGUUCUGUUCAUGUUGGUAAUAUUGAUGAUGAUGAUGGUGGUGAUGGUGGUAAUGUUGAUGAUAAUGAUUAUGGAGUUGAUGAUGGUGGUGAUGAUGGUGGUGAUGAUGGUGGUGGUGGUGAUGGCAGUAAUGUUGAUGGUGAUGGUUAUGGUGAUGAUGAUGGUGAUAAAGCUUUAACUGCUGUUAAAUUGAACAAUUGUAAAUACAUCAGAUCAGAGGUCUAA